CUGAGAACGUUUGCCUAAAAUUGAACUUUUGAAGGUUUCAGCUUUCAAAAGUGGCAUUAACCCUUUAAUCGAGUCCACACGAAGGAUCUGUGAGGUAAUGAAAAACCAAGGUCUUCAGAUUCUGUUUUUUUACAGCCUGAAACAGCAGUCACUACUGUAGGCAUACAUAUGUGCACUUUCAUCUCUGUUUAAAGGUGACAUCACCACCACAUCAAAGGCUUUGAUGCCUGUUUAAGCUAAUUGCUAAGAUGUACUGAGGACACCUGGUGAAUUAGCCAAGUAGUCAAAUCACAGGCAAGGAACAGACAUAAAGAAGAAUGUCAUCUCCAUCAGAACACAGAAGAAACCGUCAAUAAAGUUUUUCAACGUUCUGGUUUUUCACCAACUUACAACCAAACAGGAUGAAGAGACAAAGGCCCACGGAUGAAGAACCAGGUACCAGUCAAGGACGAGGGCGCGGUUUCCCUCCUCCUUUGCCGGCAGGUGAAGAACCCUCAGAACUGUACAUUAGUGUGAAGAGAAACAGUCAGUACCCACCGAUCCUUCACCCCCAUUCAACAGAUGUGGCAAUCCCGUACAGGGAGCUGCAUCACCGCCGCGCUCCUACUGAGUCUAUUCGUGGCAGCAGACCCAUGAGUCCCUCAGAGCAGCUAAACAUCAUCAAUAGUCACGAGGACAAAGUCAGGAACGUCGAGCCUAAACCCAACACUAGAGAUCUACAACGGUACAUACACUACAUUGACGAUGUUGUCCCCGACUCUGUGGUGGUCCCACAGUCCAAAGAGCAGAUGGACGACAUCCUGAGCCUGCUGCCUCCUGAGGCAGACGGCAGCAACAAACUUAUGCAGGUGUUUAGGGCCAUCUUAGAAAAAGAGGUCACCAAAGAUUAUUACUUCAGUCUGAAGAAGAGCAUAGUGGACCACAUUCUGUUGGACCCAUCCGAGCGAAAGCGACUGUCAAUAACCAGCGUUCCCAAAGCCUUCCCGAGGAAGGUUAUCUGUGCCCCUGUGCCCUGGACAGAGAACUACAAGAAGGCUUUGACAUGGCAGAGCCUACACCUCUUCAAUAUCAAUCCCAUCAUGAUAAUGCUGCAAGACCUCUGGCUCAGCACCUUUUCAUCUUUGAGGUUUGUCAACAUUGAAGACCUUUUCUCCGCUGACCUCCCCCUCGUCCCGUGCGAGUUUGAGACAUUUGUCCAUAAACAGUGCCUACAAACCAGAGAGGAACUUGCUAAAAAGUGGCUGCGUCAAUGUGCCACCCUACUGGACAACUACAAUGACCUGUGGUCUCCCGGUGUUCACCAAAGUGAGCAGGCGGCCCUGGUUCACGUGCACGAGUUUUUCAAUUGCGUGGCUGCGCUCAUGUCACUGCAACUUCGUAGCAUGGUCAUAGAUUCACUGCAGGAUCUGCUGCAGUUCUUCACCAUUCAUCAACAGGGCAAUGACUUUGGAGAGGUAUUCAAUGAGGUCCAGUACGUUGAGACCCAAGUUCUGCUGGUGAAACUGAGAGUGAAGGAGCCUAAUAUAAUAUUCUGUCCUAGUUUUAAAAACUGCUGGGAGAUCGUUCAUACAGCCUUCAUGGAGAUCCUCAAAAGUGCGGAGAACAUCGAGAGAGUGGAGUGUACCAUAUUUAGUGAAAUCAACAAGUUGUACCUGCGCACUGUGAAACCUGAGGAAUAUCUUGUUACAGAUCUAGUCAACAAAGUUGAGGACAUUUUUAACAGAAACACUGUUGGACCCACGAAGUAUCUGAAUGUAUAUGAGAAGUACCACAACCUACUGGACAAUACAGCACAGGAGGAAAUGGAAGUUUUCCUGACACAGGAGAACACCUUAGAAAUCUUUCAUGACAAAAUCGAGAGCCUCAAUGACACGUGGAAAGAAAUCGCCUCACUUCCUACGACAGUGGCUCUGUCCAUGUUCUGUGUGGAUGCUGGAAAACUGAAUGAAGACCUGUGUAACAGGUGUGAUGGAUUGAAGGACACAUUAAUCCAGUUUGAAGUGGACCAGAACCGAGCACUCAACCAGGGGAUCUGUGACAAAUAUGAGGUGAUUAUGAACACGGUCAGAAAAAAGCCAGAAAACACAGCAGAUGUGGUGUCGCAAAAUCAGUUCAUUAAGAAGACCAGUGAAGUCACCGUACACGACCUGAAAAUUGAGAUUGAUGAAGCCAGGGACCGCCUCAUCUUUCUCCUGGACUAUGCCAUUCUGCCGCCCGACGAUGUAGUGCUGAAUGCACAUCUUUUCCAGUGGCCCAAACAAAUCCUUGGGGAACUCGAGGAGAGUACGGCUCGUCUGGCAGGCAUGAAGGAAUGGGUUGAGGACACCCUCAAAAGGAGAAUCAAAGACUUUGAACACAGACUACAAGACAUGGACAAAGAGAUACAGUCUUUCAAAAAGAAAGAAUUAAUGACAAUGGAGGAGAUAAAAAAGAACGUGCAGGUUCUCACUGAGAUCAGCACCAACCUCGAAGCAGCUGUAAAUGAACUGGAGGAGAUAAACAAAGAGCAAGAACUGUUGAAGAAGGACCAGAGCCACUUUCCAAUGUUGCAAAUCAUGAUAGCUGAUAAACUCCCACAUGAGCAACUUUGGACCACUGUCCUGAACUUUGAAACCAACUCCAAAGUGUGGAUGAAUGGUCCUUUUAAACACCUUAAUGCUGAAAAGAUCACUGAAGAGCUGGACAUCAUGUGGAGGACCAUGCACAAACUUAACAAGACCUUUGCUGAGCUGGUCGGACCUGCGCGUGUGUCCCAGUGCUUCAAAAGCAAGAUUGGCGAGUUCAAGGGACAUCUAUCUGUCCUAUCAACUGUCUGCAACCCAGGCAUCAAAGACCACCACUGGGAGCAGAUUGGCAACAUGGUAGGCUUCGAAGUUAAACCAGAUGCAAACAGUUCUCUUCUGGACAUGUUGGACUUGGGGCUCUCCAAGUUUUCCAAAGAGCUGGAAGAAAUUGGAGCCCUGGCCACUAAAGAGUUCUCCCUGGAAAAGAACAUGGAAAACAUGAAGGGUGAAUGGACUGAUCUGCAUUUCUCUCUCAGUCAAUACAGAGACACAGAAUACAAAAUAGUUUCGGCUGUGGAUGAGAUCCAGCUGCUGUUGGAUGAUCACAUCAUGAAAACACAAACCAUGAAAGCUUCGCCUUUCAUUAAGCCAAUUGAAGCGGAAUGUAAGAAAUGGGAGGACAAGCUGAUAAGUAUGCAGGACAUACUUGAUUCCUUGCUUAAGUGCCAGGCUACUUGGCUCUACUUGGAACCCAUCUUCAGUUCUGAAGACAUUAUUGCACAAAUGCCUGAGGAGGGACGCAAGUUUGGUAUUGUGGACGGCUACUAUAAGACUAUGAUUGCAGAGACUAUGAAGAACACACAUGUGAUGAUAGCAACAGACCAGCCCAACAUGCUGGAGCGCCUGCAGGAGUCCAAUGUGCUUCUGGAUGACAUACAAAAAGGACUCAACACAUAUCUGGAAAUGAAAAGGCUCUACUUCCCGAGGUUCUUCUUUCUGUCAAAUGAUGAACUCCUUGAGAUAUUGUCUCAGACCAAAGACCCCCUGUGUGUACAACCUCACCUAAAGAAAUGCUUUGAGGGCAUCGCCAAACUGGAGUUUAAUAAAGACCUGGAAAUUACUGGCAUGAUCAGCUCAGAGAAGGAAACAGUGCCUUUCACAGAGAAGAUUUUUCCAUCCCAAGCCAAUGGUAUGGUGGAGAAGUGGCUACUGCAGGUGGAGCACAUGAUGCUAAAGAGUGUGCAACACGUUAUCAGUGAAGGGGUUAAUCAGUACGCCGAGGUACCCAGAAAGCAGUGGGUGUUGCAGUGGCCAGGCCAAGUUGUCAUCUGUGCGUCCUCCAUUUUCUGGACGAGCGAAGUGUCUGAAGCCAUCAGCACCAACACUCUACCCGACUACGUUGAACAAAGCAAUGCGCAGAUAGCUGACAUCGUCGAGUUGGUGCGAGGGAAACUCCUAGGAGGUGCCAGGAUGACUCUUGGUGCCCUCACUGUAAUUGACGUUCAUGCUCGAGAUGUUGUGGCCGAACUGUCCGAUGACAAAAUCUCCUCACUGAAUGACUUUGCAUGGAUUUCUCAGCUGCGUUACUUCUGGGAGGGUGGUGAUGUCAUGUUAAGAAUGAUCACGACGUGUGUGAAAUAUGGCUAUGAAUACCUGGGAAACUCUCCUCGUCUGGUCAUCACACCACUGACAGACCGCUGUUACAGAACUCUCAUGGGAGCCCUGAAGCUGAACCUAGGAGGGGCCCCAGAGGGGCCUGCUGGUACCGGUAAGACUGAGACCACAAAAGAUCUGGCCAAAGCCUUGGCUAAGCAAUGUGUGGUCUUCAACUGUUCGGAUGGCCUAGAUUACAAAGCUAUGAGUAAGUUCUUCAAAGGGCUGGCUCAGUCCGGAGCUUGGGCUUGCUUUGAUGAGUUCAAUCGUAUUGAGGUGGAGGUGCUGUCUGUGGUGGCGCAACAGAUUCUCUGCAUACAACAGGCCAUUGCUAAGGAUCUUAAGAAAUUCAUGUUUGAAGGAACACUGCUGUCACUCAACCCAACGUGCAAUGUCUUCAUCACCAUGAACCCUGGUUAUGCUGGCAGAGCUGAACUUCCCGACAACCUGAAGGCCCUCUUCCGUACUGUGGCUAUGAUGGUUCCAGAUUAUGGUCUCAUUGCAGAGAUUUCAUUAUACUCUAUGGGCUUCAUUGAAUCCCGUGCAUUGGCUCAGAAGAUUGUGGCCACGUACCGUUUGUGUUCGGAGCAGCUGUCCUCCCAGCACCAUUAUGACUACGGUAUGCGAGCUGUCAAGUCUGUACUGACGGCAGCAGGAAAUUUGAAGCUUAAGUAUCCUGAAGAGAAUGAAAGUGUCUUGUUGCUCAGAGCGCUGAUGGAUGUAAACAUGGCUAAGUUCCUGGCUCAGGAUGUCCCUCUGUUUGAAGGCAUCAUCUCUGACCUAUUUCCUGGCGUUGUUCUUCCAAAACCAGAUUAUGAGCUUCUACUAAAUGCACUCAAUGAAAACAUUGAUAAGCUCAACCUUCAGUCAGUCCCAUGGUUCAUUGGGAAAAUUAUCCAGGUGUAUGAGAUGAUGUUGGUGCGCCAUGGCUUUAUGAUCGUGGGAGAACCACUAGGAGGAAAGACUUGUUCCUAUAAAGUUCUUGCAGCAGCUCUUAAAGACCUUUACAAAGCCAAACUGAUGGAAGAGUUUGCAGUGAGUUACAGCAUCAUCAACCCCAAGUCCAUCACCAUGGGACAACUGUAUGGUUGCUUUGAUCCUGUCAGCCAUGAGUGGUCUGAUGGUGUCCUGGCUACCACGUACCGAGAUCAGGCUAUGUCCACCUCAGAAGAUAGGCAGUGGAUCAUAUUUGAUGGACCCAUUGAUGCUGUCUGGAUUGAGAACAUGAACACUGUGUUGGAUGACAACAAAAAGCUUUGUCUAAUGAGUGGUGAGAUCAUACAGAUGAGCGCCAAGAUGAGUCUAAUCUUUGAAACUGCAGACCUGGAGCAAGCCUCCCCAGCUACGGUCAGCAGGUGUGGUAUGAUCUACAUGGAACCUGAUCAGUUGGGCUGGACGCCUCUAAGAGACUCCUACAUGAACACUCUGCCCAAACACCUAAAUGAACAGGACAGAGAACUGAUUGUGGCCCUUUAUGACUGGAUCAUUCAGCCCUGUUUAGAUUUCAUAUACAAUGAAUGUCGGUUUAUUAUUGAUACGUCACCCAUCCAUCUGGUUCAGUGUCAGAUGAAGUUGUAUACCUGUUUGAUGGACGAGAUUGCCGAAGGAACCUGUAAUGGACAGAAACUGAGCGGUGAGCAGAUAACCAUGUGGCUACAGGGCCUGUUUGUGUUUGCAGUUGUAUGGACAGUGGGUGGGACCAUUACUGGAGAGAGUCGUAAGAUGUUCAGUGUAUUCUACCGUGAUUUGGUCACGGGUGCAAAUAAGGAUUUACCCCGGCCUAAGAUUGUUACUCUAAAAAAGAACAAUAUCUUCCCCGACAGAGGAACUGUUUAUGACUAUUACUUCUAUAAAGAAGACCAAGGCCAUUGGCAUGUAUGGACUGAUUUGAUCACAAAGGAAGAGAACACCAUUGGAGCAGAGGCCAAUGUUUCAGAUCUCAUCAUUCCGACCAUGGAGACUGCACGUCAAUUGUUUUUCCUGAGCACCUACCUGAUACAUGAAAUACCUAUGCUUUUUGUGGGACCCACCGGAACCGGAAAAUCUGCCAUAAACAACAAUUUUUUGGAAAAGCUGCCAAAGGAGAAGUACACACCAAACUGCAUCAACUUUUCAGCCCGUACUUCAGCAAAUCAGACACAAGAUAUCAUCAUGUCAAAAUUGGACCGUAGAAAGAAGGGCACAUUUGGACCGCCGAUGGGGAAAAAAUGCAUUGUUUAUGUUGAUGACCUGAACAUGCCUGCUAAAGAAAUCUAUGGUGCACAACCCCCAAUUGAACUGCUCAGGCAGUGGAUAGACCAUCGCCACUGGUAUGACCGGAAGGACACCUCUAGACAGAACAUAGUUGAUGUCUUAUUUAUGUCUGCAACUGGGCCUCCUGGUGGUGGAAGAAAUGACGUUACAGGCCGUUUGACUCGCCACCUAAAUAUAGUCACAAUUAAUAGCUUUGAUGACGAAACACUGACAAAGAUUUUCAGUUCCAUCACGGAUUGGCACUUUAGCAAAGGCUUUGAACCCUCUUUUGGGAGGUUAGGCAAGAUCUUGGUCCAGGCCACAAUGGCAGUCUAUAAAGACGCCAUCGACAGCUUCCUCCCGACCCCAUCUAAAUCCCACUACAUUUUCAACUUGCGAGACUUUGCUCGAGUAAUUCGAGGUGUACUUCUGACACCACACACCCACAUGGAGAAUGAAGACAAGCUGAUCCGCCUGUGGAUUCAUGAGGUCUAUCGUGUAUUCUAUGACAGACUUAUCGAUGAGGAGGACAAGCAGACAUUCUUUAACAUUGUUAAGCAGAGAACUAUGGAUUUAUUCAAACAGAGCAUAGACAAGGUUGCGGCUCACCUUUCCCCAAGUGGUAAUGUGGAGGAUGACAGCAUACGUAGCUUGUUCUUUGGUGACUAUGGAUUGCCUGACGCUGAUAACAGAGUUUAUGAUGAAAUAACAGACUUGAAAGCCCUACAGCAAGUAAUGGAUGGCUAUCUGGAUGAGUACAAUAGCUGCAGCAAGACACCCAUGUCUCUGGUUUUGUUUAAAUUUGCUAUUGAACAUGUUUCUCGCAUUUGCCGAGUGCUGAAACAGAACAAUGGACACCUUCUGCUUGUUGGCAUUGGUGGCUCAGGACGUCAGAGCGCCACAAAGCUGGCCACAUACAUAAAUGAUUACAUGUUGUUCACAAUUGAGCUGACUAAAACCUAUAGCAUGUCAGACUGGAGAGAUGACCUGAAACGCAUGAUGCUGAAAUCAGGCCUAGAUGGCAAUGACUCAGUUUUCCUGUUUAAUGACAGUCAAAUCAAGGAUGAGGCCAUGUUGGAAGACAUCAAUAUGUUACUUAACACUGGUGAUGUACCAAACAUCUUUCCCUCAGAUGAGCGUGCAGAAAUCCUUGAGAAAUCUCAAGGAAUCGCUCGCAUGGAAGGCAGAAAAAUUGAUCCUAGUCCACUGUCCUUGUACAAUUUCUUCAUCGAACGUGUGAAGGCCAAACUUCAUAUUGUGCUCGCCAUGAGUCCCAUUGGUGAUGCAUUCAGGAACCGUCUCAGGAUGUUCCCCUCCCUUAUUAAUUGCUGUACAAUUGACUGGUUUCACGCAUGGCCUAAUGAUGCUCUGGAGAUGGUGGCGCACAAGUUCUUGGAAGAUGUGGAAAUGGAUGAUAAAGUCAGAACUGAGGUAGUGGUUAUGUGCAAAACCUUCCAAACAAGUGUCAAAGAUAUGUCUCAAAAUUACUUUGACCAAUUGAGAAGGUACAAUUAUGUCACACCCACGUCCUACCUUGAGCUCAUUCUGACUUUUAAGACUCUGCUCAAUUUUAAAAGGAAUGAAGUUGAUACAGCCAGGAACCGGUAUAUAGUGGGUCUGGAAAAGCUAGAUUUUGCCGCAUCUCAAGUGUCAGUGAUGCAGCAGGAACUCACAGCUUUGCAGCCAGACCUCAUAAAGACAUCAGCUGAAACAGAUCAAAUGAUGAUUAAGAUUGAGGGAGAAACGGUGGAAGUAGAUGCAAAGAAAGAAAUAGUAUCAGCUGAUGAGAAGGUUGCAAAUGAAGCAGCAGCAGCAGCUCAGGUCAUCAAAAGUGAAUGCGAGCAAGACCUAGCAGAAGCAAUGCCUGCACUGGAAGCUGCCCUGUUAGCUCUGGACACUUUAAAACCUGCCCAUAUUACAGAAGUGAAAUCAAUGAAGAACCCACCUGGACCAGUCAAACUCGUCAUGGAAUCCAUUUGUAUAAUGAAGGGCAUUAAACCUGAGAAAAAACCUGAUCCCAAAGGCUCAGGUAAGAUGGUUGAAGACUUCUGGGGUCCUUCAAAGAAACUCCUAGCAGACCAAAAGUUUUUGGAAAGUCUAAAAACAUACGACAAAGACAACAUUCCAGCCCCUUUCAUUAAGAAAAUCAGAGAAAAGUUCAUUGACAACCCCGAAUUCCUGCCCAAUGUCAUUAAAAAUGUCUCUUCAGCUUGUGAGGGUCUCUGUAAGUGGGUGCGAGCCAUGGAGGUUUAUGAACGAGUGGCCAAGGUUGUAGCCCCAAAGAAAGAGAAAUUAAAAGAAGCCGAGGAUGAGCUGGCAACACAGAUGGAAAUGUUGACUGUGAAGAGAGCAGAGCUGAAGGAAGUAGAGGACAGACUGCAGUGUCUGAACGACGAACUGGAGGAGAUGAUCAAGAAGAAAAAAGGACUGGAGGACAACAUUGAACUGUGUUCUCAGAAACUGGUCAGGGCAGAGAAGCUGAUUGGAGGACUGGGUGGAGAGAAGGACAGGUGGACAGAAGCUGCAAGGCUCCUUGGUAUUAGGUACACUAACCUAACGGGUGACAUUCUCCUCUCUUCAGGAACAGUGUCCUACCUAGGGGCAUUUACAGUGGACUUUCGUACGAUAUGUCAGGAAAAUUGGCACAAGUUGUGCCAAGAGCAGGAAAUCCCCUGUUCUGCGGACUUCACUCUUAGCAAUACUCUUGGUAAUCAGGUAGCGAUCAGGGCAUGGCAGAUCGCUGGUCUACCAGUGGACUCUUUUUCAACAGAUAAUGGUAUUAUUGCAUUUAACUCCCGACGAUGGCCUCUAAUGAUAGAUCCCCAGGGUCAAGCCAACAAAUGGAUCAAGAACAUGGAGAAAGCAAAUAAUCUUGCCGUCAUCAAAAUCUCUGAUGAUAACUAUGUGAGGGUACUGGAGAAUAGUAUUCCUUUCGGUACACCUGUUCUUAUGGAAAAUGUUGGAGAAGAACUUCACCCAGUACUUGAACCAGUGUUACUGAAGCAAACCUUUAAACAGGGUAGCAUGGAAUGCAUGAAGAUAGGGGAGAACAUUGUGGAAUACUGUAAAGAUUUUAAGUUCUACAUGACCACUGGACUGAGAAACCCUCACUACCUUCCUGAAGUAGCUGCGAAGGUCUGUCUCUUGAACUUCAUGAUUACACCACAAGGUUUGCAGGAUCAGCUUUUGGGACUUGUUGUUGCCAAAGAGAGACCGGAACUUGAAGAGAAGAAGAACCAGCUCAUUCUAGAAAGUGCUGCCAAUAACAAACAGCUAAAGGAAAUUGAAGAUAAGAUUCUGCAGGUUCUUUCCUCUUCUGAAGGGAACAUCCUGGAGGAUGAGGGUGCAGUUAAAAUCCUGUCCUCUUCUAAGAUUCUUUCAGAGGAGAUUUCUGAAAAGCAAAAGAUUGCAAGUGUUACUGAGAAAGAGAUUGAUGACACUCGCAUGGGCUACCGCCCAGUGGCAGAGCACUCCUCCAUUUUGUUUUUCUGCAUCUCCCAGCUGGCCAACAUUGAUCCCAUGUAUCAGUACUCCUUGAGCUGGUUUAUCCAUCUCUACUUGUUUUCCAUUGCUGAGAGUGUAGAGAGUGACGAUGUGGAUGAAAGAAUUGCCAACAUUGUUGAAUAUUUCACCCUCUGCAUCUAUAAAAACGUCUGCCGCUCCCUUUUUGAGAAGGACAAAUUGCUCUUCUCCCUGCUACUCACUGUGGGCAUCAUGCAGGGUAGGGGUCAGAUUGUAGACCAAGUCUGGCAUUUUCUUUUAACGGGUGGCAUUGCUUUGGAUAACCCACAUUCCAACCCUGCUCCAGAGUGGUUGUCUGAAAAAUCCUGGACAGAGAUUGUCAUGGCCUCUGAGCUACCAGAUUUGGGUGGUUUCUUUGAACACGUCCAAAGCAACAUCUCUGAAUGGAAGAAACUUUAUGAUUCAGGACAUCCCCAUCAGGAACAGCUGCCUGACAAGUGGAACGAGCUAAAAGGGAUGAUCAGGAUGGUGGUGAUUAGAUGCUUCAGACCAGAUAAACUAGUGCCGGCUGUGCAAGACUUCAUACAGGACAACAUGGGACGCUCUUAUAUUGAACCACCAACAUUUGACUUGGAGGGGAGCUACAAAGACUCAAAUUGCUGCUCCCCCCUAAUCUUUGUGCUGUCACCAGGUUCAGACCCAACUGCAGUUCUGUUAAAGUUUGCUGAUGAUGUUGAAAUGGGAGGCGGUAAAACCCAAACUAUUUCCCUGGGCCAGGGCCAGGGACCCAUAGCAGCAGAGAUGAUUGACAAAGCCAUCAAAGAGGGUACAUGGGUGGUGCUGCAAAACUGCCAUCUAGCCACUAGCUGGAUGCCGGCCCUAGAAAGAAUCUGCGAAGUAACCAUCACACCAGAGAACACACAUACGAACUUUAGGUUGUGGUUAACGAGCUAUCCGUCUGACAAGUUCCCAGUGAGUAUCCUGCAGAAUGGGCUAAAGAUGACCAAUGAGCCUCCCAAAGGAAUAAGAGCCAAUCUGCUGCGGUCGUACCAGAGUCAUCCCAUCUCUGACCCAUCCUUUUUUGAAAGUUCAAAAAAACAAGUGAUUUGGCAGAAGCUCCUGUUUGGUCUGACCUUCUUUCAUGCACUGGUGCAGGAAAGGAGGAACUUUGGGCCUUUAGGCUGGAAUAUCCCAUACGAGUUUAAUGAGUCUGACCUGCGAAUUAGCAUUCGGCAGAUUCAGAUGUUCUUAGAUGAGUAUGAGGAGGUUCCACUGGCCGCACUCGCAUACCUGACGGGGGAAUGCAACUACGGCGGCAGGGUGACCGAUGACAAAGACAGACGUCUGUUGCUCUCACUCUUGUCCAUCUUCUACAACUGGGAACUAAUACAGGAGGAAGGCUACAAAGUCUGUGAGGGGGAUCAGUACUAUAUCCCGGUUCAUGGCCCGUACCAGACGUACGUCGACUACAUUCGCAGUUUACCGAUUUGUGCCGACCCAUGUGUGUUUGGACUUCACAGCAAUGCUGACAUUACGAAAGACAAUCAGGAAACCAAUCAGCUCCUUAGUGGAGUCUUGUCCACGCUGCCCAGGCAGAUGGGGGGUGCCGGUAAGUCUCCUCAGGAAGUAGUGAAUGAUCUUGCAGCAGACAUCCAUUCUAAGCUUCCACCAGACUUUGACAUACAACAGGUCAUCGAAAAAUAUCCAGUUAUGUAUGAGGAAUCCAUGAACACAGUUUUAAGACAGGAAGUUAUCCGCUUCAACAGACUCACAGAAGUAGUGCGUGAGAGCUUGGUAAACCUUCAGAAGGCUCUGAAAGGUCAAAUUGUUAUGUCUUCAGAACUUGAGGGUGUCUUUAACAGCAUGGUGGUAGGAAAGGUUCCUGCAAUGUGGGCAGCAAAGUCUUACCCAUCUCUCAAGCCACUGGGGAGCUACGUGACCGAUCUGUUAGCUCGGCUGCAGUUCCUACAAGACUGGAUUGAUAGUGAUGCACCACCGGUCUUCUGGCUUUCUGGCUUUUAUUUCACUCAGUCCUUCCUCACAGGAGUGUCUCAGAAUUUUGCCCGGAAGUACACCAUCCCUAUAGACCACAUUGGCUUUGAGUUUGAGGUCACCAGAGAGGAGACCCACAUGGCUGAGAAGCCAAAUGACGGCGCCUACGUUAGAGGUCUCUUCAUGGAGGGUGCUCGCUGGGACAGGGAAACAAUGUACAUUGGAGAGUCCUACCCCAAGAUCCUCUUUGACACACUACCCAUCAUCCUGCUCAAGCCUGGAGAGAUGGCCCUCUUUAAGCAUGAAAAUAUCUAUCUAAGUCCGGUUUACAAAACCAGCGCCCGGAGGGGAACCUUGUCCACAACAGGACACUCCACCAACUACGUCAUGAACAUCGAACUGCCAUCGGACAAGCCACAGAAACACUGGAUUAACAGAGGUGUGGCGUUACUGUGUCAACUGGAUGACUAGACAUGUGUGUCAGACUGAUACCUCAAUGACAUUUAUUAUAACAGUUAGCUAAUUAGCGGGAUAGGAGGCUAGAUCCAUGCUGGUUCACAAAUCAGGAAAUCCUGGUUAGAAAAGCAAGGUGUUUAGACAAAUUAAUACCAGAGUAAUUACAUUAUGCUAAUAUGAUGAUAAAGAAAUAUAAAGAAAACAAUAGGAUCAACAGAACAGACUAGAGGCUGACUAGAAAAUUUUAGGGAACUUAAAAACUGAACAUAACUCACGGAGAAGGGUUUUUGUCUGAGCCUCAAGUCAUCACACAAAAUCCCAAAAUGCUGCCGUCUCAAAACUGAGCCUAAUUUAUCUCAAGCUUAAUUAAUUUAGCUUGAGCUUAAUUAGGCUCAGACCAGCCAUAGAUAACUGUAUGGCCAAUGAAAAACACUUUCUUUGUAAACUGUAACAAAUAAUUACUAGUGAUUUGUUUUGUACCUGCAGACCCUCAGAGGCCUGGCUCCAGGUUUUAAAGUUAUUUUCUGCCUGUUUAUGAAAUAAAUGUGCGUGAAAAUACUUGACACCGUGGUCCGAGUGUGAUCAGUGAUAAUGAGCUAAAGACGAAGAUGAAGUUUCUGGACAAACGAUGUUGGAGUAGAGCUGGAGAACUCUUAAAAGACAACUGGAACCUUUCUUCAUACAACCUUGUUCCAACUUGUUAGACUUUUCCCAUCUACCUUGGAAAAUCUUAGAAUCAGAAAUUGAAAUUUUUAUCUGUAGUUUGUGAUUCUUAUGAUUUUCCUUAAAGAGUGUCGACUAUAAACAUCGCUGUUGACUAGCUGACGUCACAUGACCAUCACCCGACAGUGUGCUGUGGAGGUGAAAAACCUGAACAUACAGCAGACCAGUGCUUCCCAUCUUUCCCACAGUGCACCACCAAAAUAAAAAAUCUAGGCACUAACAUAUAGUUUCAAUGUACUUACAGAGAUCUUCUUCAGCUGCUCUGACUUUUUUUCCCUUUAGUUUCUAUAGCCUUCUGCUGCCACCUAGUGGAAGAGUAUUGAAUUGUUAUACCUGUCAUUAUCACGUUGAGACAAAUCAUUAGCAGUAAAUAAAUAAUAGUCAAAAGUGAGAUUGGAAUCUCUCCUGGCACACUAAUGUACUGUGAAUCACAGCAGUAGGUGACGGUUAGAACUGACUGAUCUGGGUCUGUUCAUGCAUUACCAUUCUCUACCAGUAUCUUGGUAGAGUUGGUGUAUUUUAGUCGGUACUAUUUAGCAGUUUUAACACCUUCACUUAUUUCAAUCCCAUAAUCAUCCUUGUUCUAUCAAAAUGUCUCCAGUAACAGUGUUCCUGGAACUGUUUGAACUAAAACUGAAGAUGAACCUCAGGCUUCACUGCUUGGUCCUGAAGAAGAACAUGAUCCAGAUCUGCUGCAGCACAGACAAGGUCUUUCCUCUGGAAGUCAAACCAGUCAAUAUCAAUAAAUAUAAAAGUGAAAAAAAUUAAAAACAGUUUUUAUUGAGUCUCAUUCUUGACAGUUUAUCAUCCCAUUAUUUCUUUUUAUGCUUCAAAGUGACUUGAAAAACUUUUUUUCCACAUUUCCUUUCAAAUGAAUCAGUGAGAAAAGGAAGAAUUAAAAGAAAUAUUACAAUCUGUGUCUUUAAAAUACUUAUUUACAAACAUUUAUUAGAAAUGUUGAUUGAAAAGAAUAAGUCAAAAUGGUAACAGUGUCUGUGAAGUUAAGGAUGUUCAAUAAAUAGGGCUGUAGUAUUUUACAAAUGUUUCCCACAAAUAUAAAGUACAUUUGGAAUAAAAGUCACUUCUUACCUUUGAUUCCUCUGUGUUUGUUUCUGCAGCUUUAAAAGAAACAACUGAUAAAAUAAAAUCAUAAUUAGAACCCUCUGAUGAGGUGAAGGUUCAGGGAACUGUUCAGAACCUGGAACAUUCUUCAUGCUUUAGA